AUCGUAAAGCCGCUCAGGGCUGCUCACCUGCUCCCACCUCCUCCCGGAGCCCAGGCCAGGCCCCGCCACCCCUGCCCCCUCCGCUGCCCGCCCCCCGCCCGAGCCCGCGCUGGGCAAGGAGCCGAGCAGCCCGAGAGGCGGAGAGAGGAUGCGGCCGGCGGCAGCUGUCCCGAGCAGUGCACGGUGAUCGCCUCCCCCGGAGGAGGAGUUGCCUAGACCGUUGCUACAUUUCUUGUUUUCCUCCCCCCUCCCCCUCUGUAAUUACAUUGGCUGCUGGAGGGGACGGGGAGAGACGGAGGAGGCGCCUCGCUACCCCCCUCGGGCCCGCCACCCCUGCUCUUUGCCGUCCCGGGCCAGGAUGACUGGAGUCUUUGACAGUCUGGUGGCUGAUAUGCACUCGACCCAGAUCACGGCCUCCAGCACGUACCACCAGCACCAGCAGCCCCCGAGCGGCGGCGGCGCUGGCCCCGGCGGCAGCAACGGCAGCAGCCUCCACAAGCCUCAGGAGUCGCCCACUCUCCCGGUGUCCACAGCUACCGACAGCAGCUACUACACCAACCAGCAACACCCGGCGGGCGGCGGCGGCGGCGGCUCGCCCUACGCGCACAUGGGUUCCUACCAGUACCACGCCAGCGGCCUCAACAACGUCCCGUAUUCAGCCAAGAGCGGCUACGAUCUGGGCUACACCGCCGCCUACACCUCUUACGCGCCCUACGGGACCAGUUCGUCCCCGGCCAACAACGAACCUGAGAAGGAAGACCUCGAGCCUGAAAUCCGGAUAGUAAACGGGAAGCCAAAGAAAGUCCGGAAACCUCGAACCAUCUACUCCAGUUUCCAGCUGGCGGCUCUUCAGCGGCGUUUCCAAAAGACUCAAUACCUGGCACUUCCCGAGAGAGCUGAGCUGGCGGCGUCCCUGGGCCUCACCCAGACUCAGGUCAAAAUCUGGUUCCAGAACCGUCGAUCCAAGUUCAAGAAGAUGUGGAAAAGCGGUGAGAUCCCUUCGGAGCAGCACCCGGGGGCCAGCGCCUCGCCGCCUUGUGCUUCGCCGCCGGCCUCGGCGCCGGCCUCCUGGGACUUCGGCGCGCCGCAGCGGAUGGGGGGCGGCGGCGGCGGCCCGGGCAGCGGCGGCAGCGGGGCGGGCAGCUCCGGCUCCAGCCCGAGCAGCGCGGCCUCGGCGUUCCUGGGCAACUACCCGUGGUACCACCAGGCCUCCGGCUCCGCUUCGCACCUGCAGGCCGCCGCGCCGCUGCUGCACCCGACGCAAACCCCGCAACCUCACCACCACCAUCAUCACCACCACGGUGGCGGCGGGGGCGCCCCGGUGAGCGCCGGAACGAUCUUCUAACCCCCGGAGACCGCGCCAGAGACUGAGUGCAAAGACCAGUUAUCCUCAUUGCUCGUCCCCAGAGCCAGAGGGUCCUUCCGUCCGGCCCGAGGAUGCCACCCGCCACUCGCGGAGGUGGCGGCCCGAGAUGGCCUGCCCCCAGGCCCUGCUACCCUCGGGGACUGGAAGGCGUGUUCUCACGCGCCGGGCUCCUCGCCGAGAAACCCGGCAUCCGCGAGAGAAACCCUGCCACGGCGGCCUCGCCGACCCGAGCCCCGCCUCAGACUAGCUUCCCCUCCCCUCCCCGCCCGGCGAGGCAGCCCGGCGCCGUUUUCGCCGCGGGCCGCGAGUUGAGUCCCGGAGAGGGACGCCUCCCCCGCCCGAGAGGCUGCCCCGGCCCUCUGAGGCUCCUUUCUCCUCGCCCGCCCCCAGGCUCAGCUCCUGUCCUCUGGGGUUAUUGACCUCCCGGGUCCUGCCUGCCUGCCCAACCCCGCCCCGCCCCCCCAAGCCCCCUUGACCCCGACGGCCCGCCGCUUUUUUUUCUGCCCGGCUGUUGCCAGCACUUGGAGCCCGAGUCCCUCCCCCGACUUAGCUCUCCUCCCAGGAACGCUCCCCUCCCUCCCUUAGCUCUCUCCUCAUCCUUCACCAGUGGAGUUUUUUUAUUUUUAUUUUUUUAAAAGUUUAGGUGCCUUUGCGGAUGACCUCAUUUUGAUGUUGGGGAAAAACGAUUUUUUAAUAUGUGGACACUGCAAAAAAAAAAAUGUGUUUAAAUUAUCUUUUUUAAAACCUAUUCAGGAUUAUUAGCCUGGACUUGGACAUAGCGUUUGUAAAUAAACGUGUCUGUGCAGAUUUUCCCACUGAUUUAUUCGUAUAAACAUACUCAUCUUUUCAGACAUUUUUUUGUAAACCCCCACUUGUGAAAACUGCGGUUUAGCAGUGACCUCAGCACCCCUCCGUUUUCUUUUUCCUUUGAAAGAUUUUCUCAGUUUAAGCUACUGAUUUGGAUUUAUCUUUUCCUAAAGUCUUUGUCCUUGAAAUGAAAGGUAUUUUGGGGUUAUUUAUUAUGAAAACAACAUGCUCUUAAUGUUGAUUUUACAAUAUGAAGAGAUUAUUUAAAUAAAUUAUUGUUUUCA